AUGUUUGUCUCCACUUCUGCCCUUAUUGCCUUUGCUGCCAUUGCUGUGCCCACAGCACUCACACAGUCCACCCAAUCCAGUGUCUCAUACAACAACACAUAUGACAGUGGCUCUGACUCCAUGUCAACUGUUGUGUGCUCAGACAGAUCCAAUGGACUUGCAUCCAAGUGGCCCACAUUUGCCAAUGUGCCCAUCUCCUGCCUCUCUGUCCACUGGUGGGAUGAGCACAGCAAGUAUGCCCUCCUCCACUGCAUGAACCCUGCCCACAUCCACUUUAUCUGCAACGAGAUCCUCAAGACUGCAUGGAUCAACACCUGCAACAACACCCACAACAACACAGCCAAUGCAGUGGUAGAUGUGCAUGCACCAAGCAGGCAGGCACUGCAGGGGAUGGAUGUGCUGGACAUUGGGUGUGGCAGAGGCCUGCUGUCCGAGAGCCUAGCCAGCCUUGGUGCAAGCAUGCUUGGCAUUAACACAUCUGAGUCCAACAUCCACAUUGCAUCCCUCCACACUCAAGCCUGCAGUGAUGGCAAAGAGGAAGAACUCAAACACAGUUGUGGCUGUGCACAACCCAAGUGCCUUGCAUGA